UGCAGCUACAGAAGUUUAAUGGUUUUGUAUUGGAUGGACUCAAUUUCCCAUGAUGCAUCUGUCACACAUUGGAAUAUAUUGGAUGGACUCAAUCCCCCAUGAUGCAUCUGUGUCACUUCCUGUCAAAUGUUCAAAAUCUUAUGAAUUAGCUGGUGAGGCUACAGAGGGUAAGCUACCUGUUUGAGGUGCUGUAUGCUUCAUUGUGUCUCAUGUGUACAAAGGAUCAUAUUGUUUAUGGUCAACUCAACAACGAAUUGUGACAUCCUCUCUUUGUUUACAAGCCGGUAAAGUGUUCUACGUUGUUUAUGUUUCCUUGUUGGAGAAAUAAAACAUCAGUUUGAAGAACCUGGCCUUGGAUUUGUGACUAAGAGCGGUACAGUAGAACACUUCGGUGAAGUCAAGGACCAGAAGUAGUCAAACCUGCAUGCGAAAUUGGCAAGCUAUUAAGAGACUGCAGCAGAUGUUUGGCAAGACGUGGUCUACACAUUCGGAAUGGAUUUCCCUUUAGGAGACUGAAGUAAAGAGCUAACAAGUAAGGCUAAGCGAGCAAGCAAGCACUUAAAGCUGGUGUUUGAAGUCGCGCAGCAUAUCUGUGAAUGGUCAUCAGAACUUCAUUGUUUUCUUCUCGUGCUUUCUAAAGGAUCAUGAACAUUCCGAUUCAUUGAACUACUUUAAGAGUGGACUAUUGAGAUUGCAUUGAAAUUGCAGUUUGCAUUGACAUAUGUUUGAAUGUUGAAUGAAUGAAUUUAAUAUUGUAGCCUGUUGCACUUGACCUGCAUUGAAUUACUUAAGUCUGUUUCUAUUGAAUUGUUUGUUUUGUCUGCAUUUAAAGUUGCUUGAUAUUUCAUUGCAGCUUAGUUAUACUAACUUGUGCUUGUAGACUAUUGCAAUUUUGAAAUUCUAUUUAUAAAUUCAUUUCAAAUCUUAACUUGUUUAUAAUUAAGGUUUAUGUUUAAACACUAAUUAUAUUGAAGUUUACUGUAGUGCUAUAUAUUGAUACAACGUUACCUCAUUUUAAUAACAGAUUAGUUUCAUUUCACGCACAAUUAUUACAACAUACAGAAAGUUAAAAUGUUAGACUCUAGUGAACCCACAUUAAAGUAUACACAAGAAAGAGUAGAUCUUCCUGGCCAAGAAGACUUAAACAAGGGACCGAUCGAAGAGAACGUACAAGCUGAAGAUUUGGUGCAAGCUCAACAGCUUAUAGAAACUCAACAGAUACACAAAGGUGCAGAGAUUGGCGAUUCUAUCCCACCUGACCUUCGAAGAGGUCAACGUACACGUGUCCUUUCAAAAAAGGGAAAGCAAUUGCAAGAUGCUAAAUUGAAUGAUUUGGAAAGAGCAUUUGAACGUAUGUAUAAAAGAUGGAAGUACAAUAUUAAUGGGUUGAAGAGAUCAAUAAAACAUAAAGAAGAUCCAGAAUUUAUUACUGAAAUUGUCAAUGCCAUUAAUGUCCAUCAGGCUGAUGUAAAUGCCAUUUAUGAUCGAAUUAGAGCCAUCUCAGUUCCUGAUCUUGAAAUUAGGAGAAAGAUAGAUUCAUGUUAUGCCAUCACUAAAACUGCAAGAUAAAAGGCUCAAUGUUUCAUCACUGUUGCAGGUGAUCCAGAAGAUAUACCUUGGCCUGAGGCAGAUUCAGUGUUUGAUCCUACAGAGUCUAGUGUUGUCUCUGUGCAAUCUUUUCCAGCUUCUAAAUCUUCCAGUUGGAUCUCUCUUGAGUCCGCACAGAAAAGGCAGCAAGCUGCAGCCGAAGUGGCAGCAACUCAAGAGGUGUUUAAAAUCAUGAAAUCUCAACAUCAAUGUGAAGAGGAGAUCCGGGAAUUGGAAGCAGAAGAGAAGAAGGUGAUCGCGGAGCGAGAGGUACAAGAAAAGGCAAUGGAAGUAGAAACAGCAAAGCAAAGAGUUCUUUUCGUAGCAGAAAGCACUGAAAGGAAAAGGAAAUUGGAGGAAAAGAGAAAAGAGGUGGAGCGGUUAGAGGAGCUGAAGAAAUAUAAUGCUGCACAGGCCAGACUACAAGUUUAUGCUGAGGAAGACCAACAAGAUCCUCCUGCAUCAACCUUUCAAGGUAGACUGGGCACCCAUGUUAUUGCAGGCAGCAUGUCUGGUCCUGUUAUCCCCCCAUUUGUGUCCUUGCAAGGUAAGGUCCCAGUUAGUAGAUCCUCCUUCACCCUCCCACAAGGCUGCAGCAUUGAAGCAGUAGUACCUCAAGUAAAUAGUCAAACUACUUCACAUGAAGCCACCAAUAAUCUUGUGAAGAUGCUCGCAGAGGCAAUAACAGCAAACAGGAUUCCAAUACCAGAGCCUUCUGUCUUUUUUGGAGAUCCAUUGCAGUAUACAGACUGGAAGGUGUCCUUUCACACUUUAAUUGACCGCAAGAACUUGUCAGCUCAAGAAAAACUCUAUUUCUUGCGAAAGUAUGUAGGUGGCAUGGCCAAGCGAGCUAUUGAAGGAUACUCCCUAGUCAAAACAGAGGAAGCCUACGGUGCUGCGUGGGACAUACUUGAUGACCGCUUCGGGAAUUCCUUUAUAGUUGGCAAAGCAUAUAGAGAUAAGAUACAUUCAUGGCAUAAGAUUUCCUCUAAAGAUAAUGAUGAUCUUCGUGAGUUGGCUGAUUUCUUAACCAGUGUUACAGCUGCCAUGCCUUAUGUUCAGGGCUUACAAACGCUAAAUGAUUGUGUUGAAAUUCAGAGAAUUGUGGCCAAGUUACCUGACUGGUUGAGUUCCCGUUGGAACAGAACAGCUACAGUUUUCCAAGAUGAACAUAACGCCUUUCCUGACUUCAAGUCAUUUGUUCAGUUUCUCAACAAAGAGGCCAGAAUUGUCUGUAACCCUAUUACAUCACUCCAAGCACUGAAGUCCAUAGAACAAGAAAACUCUAGACAGAGUGACCUAGAUCACAAGCUUCAGAGAAAUCGUAACUCAACCGCUAAAACUUUCACUACAAAUUCAAGUGAGAAGACUAACCCUGUAUGCGUGUUUUGUAAAAGGCACGGACAUUUCUUACACAAAUGCAGGAAAUUUAUGGAAAAGCCAGUCGAAGAGCGAGUGAAGUUUGUGUAUUCUGAGAAAUUAUGCUUUGGUUGUCUCAAGAUUGGACAUAGCUCCAAGCAUUGCAUCUCCAGAAGUGUCUGUGAGAAAUGUGGAAAACACCAUCCAACCUGUCUACAUCAAGACUGGGGGGAAAAACCAAGAUGUGAAGGUCGUCAAAUGCAGUCUACUGUUAGCCAGGGAUCCGCAGAAAGUAAAUGUGAGCAACCCAAUGACUAUCUAGAGACAUCGUUGGCCAUUUCCAACCGGGUUAUUCAAUAUGAUAGGAACACUCAUACGUCAUCAAUUCUCCCUGUGUACGUGUCAUCAGCAACUAAUCCUGAAGAAGAGAUUUUGGUGUACGCCUUGCUCGACACUCAGAGCGACACUACCUUUAUUCUGAAGGACAUAGCUGAUUUGUUACCUGUAAAGCAAGAUCCUGUGAGGCUCAAUAUCUCCACAAUCACAUCAAAAACAAUGGUUGUGUCAAGCAAUAAGUUGUAUGGACUACAGGUAAGAGGGUUGAGGUCUGAAGAAAGAAUCAACCUUCCAUUUACAUAUACUAGAGAAUAUAUACCUGCAAAUAAAUCUGAUAUACCUACCUGUAAGACUGCAAAAGGUUGGCCUCAUUUAGAACAUCUAGCUGAUGAGAUGGCACCUGAACUCGAUUGUGAAGUGGGAUUGCUGAUUGGUUAUAACUGUCCCCAAGUCUUGCUUCCAAGAAAUGUGGUCAGUGGUAAGGAAGGUCAACCAUUUGCUCAGAAAUCUGUGUUGGGGUGGAGCAUUAUUGGUUACAGCAACCUUGACAAUGAGUUUGCAGAUGAAAUUGGAAUCAGUCAUCGAAUCAUCUCAAGAGAAGUCCUCCCAGCCAUUCGAGCACCUCAACCAUUUAAGUCUGAAGUCCACUUUGUGUAUCGAACUAAAGUAAAAGAGAUGCUUACUCCAGCGGACAUGUUGAAGAUCUUUGAGUCAGAUUUUACAGAAAGGACUGUUGAAGAUGCAGCUAUGUCUCAGGAGGACCUUCGUUUUUUGGCCAAACUGAAACAGGGCAUUAAUCAAAAGAAAGAUGGUCAUCUUGAGAUGCCGCUGCCCUUUAAAGAGGAAAGACCAGCUUUGCCAAAUAACAUAGCCUGUGCUGAACACCGACUUCAGUGUUUGAAGAGACGUUUCAAGAAAGAUGAACAAUAUUUCAAAGACUACAGGGCCUUCAUGACGGACAUCAUUGCUUGUGGUGAUGCAGAAAAGGUUCCCGAUGGAGAGAUUAAUAGUCAGCCUGCCUGGUACAUUCCUCAUCAUGGAGUGUAUCACCCUCAGAAACCUGGCAAGAUCCGGGUGGUAUUUGACUGUUCUGCAAGAUUUGGCACAUCCUUAAAUGAACAUCUAUUGACUGGGCCAGACCUUACAAACACCCUUAUAGGAGUCCUGUGUCGUUUUCGCAAGGGUCGAGUAGCCAUUAUGUGUGAUGUGGAACAUAUGUUUCAUCAGUUUCAUGUUGCCAAAGAAGAUCAGGACUACCUUCGGUUCCUGUGGUGGGAAGGUGGUGAGCUGGAAGCACGACCAUCAGUAUUCCGUAUGUGUGUUCAUCUCUUCGGAGCUGCCUCCUCGCCUGGUUGUGCAAACUUUGGAUUUAAGCACCUCGCAGCUCGAGGUGAAGGAGAGUUCAGUCAAGCCGCUGCAAGGUUCAUUCAACGCAACUUUUAUGUUGACGAUGGUUUGACAAGCGUUGAAACCGACACAGAGGCUAUUCAGCUUGUGAGAGAAGCCAGAGACCUCUGUAAGUCUGGCAAGCUUCACCUGCACAAGUUUGCCUCCAACAGUAAGCAAGUGAUUGCUUCUCUUCCUAUAGAAGAGUGUGUGGAAAAUGCUGCUGAUUUGAACCUUGACUUAGGACAGAUCAAGGUAAAACGGGCACUCGGAGUACAGUGGUGUGUAGCAUCCGAUACAUUCCAGUUCAGAGUAACCAUAAAGGAAAACCCAUUCACCAGAAGAGGUGUUCUUUCCACAGUGGCUUCAAUUUUUGACCCGUUGGGCUUUGUGGCACCCUUUAUUCUGACUGGGAAAAGGAUCCUGCAAGUUAUGUGUAGAGAUAAGGUAGACUGGGAUGAGACGCUUCCAGAAGAGCUUAAGCCGCACUGGGAGAUAUGGCUCCGUGAUCUUUUGGACUUGUCUAAAAUAAAGGUACCACGUUGCUAUGUGCCACCAAAUUGUAAAGAUGUCCAGUGUUAUGAAUUGCAUAAUUUCUCUGAUGCCAGUGUGAUCGGCUAUGGAGUCUGUUCUUACCUUAGGGCAGUGACUGUGAACGGGGAGGUGCAUUGCACACUCGUCAUGGGGAAGGCAAGAGUGGCCCCAACGAAGGUGACAACCAUUCCGAGACUGGAGCUUUCUGCAGCCGUGGUCGCCACCAGAACAGGUGAUCUGCUUAGAAGAGAACUGGAGUUGGAUCAACUCAGUCAAUUCUAUUGGACUGAUUCCAAAGUUGUUCUGGGUUAUAUUAAUAACGAGGCAAGACGGUUUCAAGUCUUUGUAGCCAAUAGGAUUCAGCAGAUUAAAUCCAGCACAGAACCUGGUCAAUGGAGGUACGUGACCACAGAACAUAAUCCAGCUGACCAUGCAUCUCGUGGGCUCACAGCAAAAGAACUUAUAGAGUCUAACUGGUUCACUGGGCCAAGUUUCCUGUGGCAAAGAGAACUCCCCAAAGAUGAGGUCAAGGCAGAAGUAAGUGAUGACGACCCAGAGCUCAGAAAGGCCCAAGUCCUCACAACCAAAGUGACAGAGCAGGCGCCUCUGUUGAAUCGUUUGCACAAGUUUUCAGACUGGGGAAGAAUGGUGAAGGCUAUAGCAAGACUGAAGUGUUGGGCAAGGAAUAUAAAGGAUCGAAAAGAAAGAUCAGAGUCUACAACACUCGAUGAAAGGAAAGAUGCCGAACUAUUCAUUAUCCGCCUAGUUCAAGAAGAUGUUUUUAGUGGAGAAAUCAAGCUCUCAAAGAAAGGAAAGAGGUGA